UUAAGUGUUGGUAUAAUCUGAAUCGAGUUAUCUGUCGUCGAUUCUGGAAAUCACGUACGGGGUCGUCUCACGCAAUCCCUCUGGUAAUUAGUAUCUCAUCAAGUAUAAUGAAACCGGCCCUCUCCUGCGUGCCCGUAGACUAAGUAACACACAUGGUGUUAGCUAGUGAACCACGUAAACGUACGUAAGUGCAUUGUCGAUUAUCCCGAUCAGUUCUAACAUCGGGGUAUAAGGACGUUACCAACUGAUUUUUUCGAACAUGGUAUAUCAGAGCGCCUUUUGCCCUUUUGUAGUACUGUUAGAAUCUCGCGCGGCAACUGCCCAUAUCUUGGUAAUUAACACAUGGUAUUCAUACCUGUUGCAGACUUCAAACUCGUAUAAGUUGUUUUUUCUUUUUCUUCGUUUGAGAGAGAUGAUAUUAGAUUACAUAAUUGAAUCUUUUCCAACGACUCGAGUUCAGUUACCGUGGUAUACCACGAGUUAUUUCUUGCCCGUUUUGUAUAUAUAGUUAGAUGCAUCUCACCAUAUGAACAAACCUCAACCAGUUCACUACUCUGCUAGCUAUUUACCUACACACAUCUCUCUACUCUCUCAAAAUCCUAUGAUGAUGGGGAUCGAUCAUCACCUUCACCAAGCCAAUAGCUCGUUUCUAAGGUCGCCAUAUUGCUUGGCCACCACGCUUCUCCUCGUCCUUCUCCUUACGAUCUCAACAAGUACGGCGGCAAGGCCGCCGCUACACCACAAUAAACAGCACCAACGCCCACCGCCUCUCCCGCCGGCGGAUCAGGGCUUGAGUACCGAUCGCUGGAAGCUGGCCCGCAGGCCGCCGCCGCCCGCCGCCGUUGGUCUGGCUUACCGUUACAGUGCAACGGAUGGAGAUGCUUUCAGGCCCACGAACCGCGGCCAUAGCCCUGGAGUGGGCCAUGACAGCCCGCCUACUGCUCCAUGACCCGACCCGGCCCGGCUCGGCUGCAUGCCCUAGAGUGAAGACUACGAUUCGAGUUAUCUUUCUUUGUUUUGACCCCUUCUUUUGUUCUUUUUUUCCCCCACCAUUUUUUGCGAAGCCUACGAGAUUUUUUUUUUUUUUUUUGCAGGGGGUUGUUUUCUUAUAUGUAACAUAACGAAAUGAUCUUUUUUUUCUUCUUCCUUCUUCUUCUCCAAGUUCUGCUUUAAUUUGUUCUUUGAGUUGGUAUUAUUAUCAGCAUGACAAUAAUCUCACUUCUCUUCCCAUUUCUGUGUUUUAAUGGCGUUUACUUGUUUCAUUACUGGUUUAACUUAUGGUAGAGCUAUAUAUAAAAUCUGAAUCGGGAACUGAUUUAAUUUGAAUGAUAAAAAUUGAAGAGAGAGUUAAAAACUUACGUGCUAUUUUAUUUCAUAAAUUGAUUUUUACAUA